AACUGAAGAUAUAACUUGUCCCACUAUUGCUAAUAUCUAUAUGCACAUAAGUAACCUUGCAGAGGUUACUUCAGAACUUUCCACUAACAUACAAGAAUUAAUCAUAAAGCUUUUUGAAUUUCAAAUAAAUCAAGAAAAAGCAAACACUGAGUUCUUAACUAUAUUAAAUAAGAUUCAGAAUCAAAUUAAAAAACUUGAAAAUUCUAAAUAUAGUACUGAACUAGAUCAUAAACUUAGCCAAAUAGCAAAUACUAUCGGUGAAAAAAUUACCAAAGAUGUAGAAGUAAUAGCUAGUGAUAUGACUGGAUUUGUGAAUGAAGUUGUUAAUAAAGCUUUUGAUAAAGUAAUGAGUGAAAUUAACAAAAGUACAGAAAAAGUUUUAAACGAAGUUGAAGAUGACAAUAACGAUUAUAUUGAUAAAGACGCUGAAGAGGUCUUUGAUUGUACAGAAGAUGGCCGACCAGCAAAACGAAACAAAAAAAAAUCUUAUUACCUUCCACAACAUCUUUUGUUAAAUAGUAACCCAAGUAAAUUGCAAGAAAAUAUUAUUGCACUUUGUCAUAGCCAACACCACUAUAGAAAAUCAGUUGCUCAAACUGAAAAGGUAUUGGAGCUUACUUUUUCACAUCCUUUUAAGGAUAUUCUCAAAAUUCUUCAAAUUGAUUGUACUUCUCCUGAAAUAAGUGAAGAUAAAGCUGAAGCAUCGCCUAAAAAGCAUGAAAGAAAAAAGUU